CCCGACGAGCCUUCCUAUCUCGAUCCCGACGAGCCUUCCUAUCUCGAUCCCUACCAGCCUUCCGAUCUCUAUCCCAACGAGCCUUCCCAUUUCCCUCCCAACGAGCCUCCCCACGAGUCUCCCCAUUUCUCUUCCUACCAGUCUCCCCAUAUCCCUCCCGACGAGCCUUCCUAUCUCGAUCCCUACCAGCCUCCCCAUUUCCCUUCCAACGAGCCUUCCUAUUUCUAUCCCAACGAGCCUCCCCAUUUCCCUCCCCACCAGUCUCCCUAUUUCCCUCCCAACCAGUCUUCCGAUCUCCCUCCCUACGAGCUUGCCCAUUUCGCUGCCCACGAGCCUCCCGAUCUCACUGCCCGGGCUCCCGACGAGCCUUCCUAUCUCUAUCCCUACCAGCCUGCCCAUCUCGAUCCCAACCAGUCUCCCUACUUCCCUUCCUACUAG